AACGUUUCCUAGGCAGUGUGAGGGGUUUUAAAGUGACAAUCGGCUUAUAAAACCAUUGCCGAAUUUUUUACGUCCCGCUGAUGCGUAUCGAUUGACCAAAAACAUUUUACACAAAUGCAUCAAAAUCUAAUCUGUUAAUUUUCAUCAAAGUCUAAUCCGAUGCUAGAACAUUCUGGUAAUCGAUUUCUAUCUGUUAGUUGAAGAUUCUCUUGAAAUCACGAACGAGAAACAAAUUUGCUGGGUCGACGAAUUUGUAAAGCUGGCGGAGUUGAUUGACAAGGUCAAGAAUGGCUACUUCGUCCGAGAGCCAGCUGACGGAGGACGUGUUCAACGAGGACGUCGUCUACCGCUACAACAAGAAGGGCAACAUCCAGUAUGGCCUGGUGCUGGAAAACUCGGAGAUGUACAGCAGCGACGAUGACAACUCGGACAGCGACAACGGCGGACCGCGUCUCAAGACUGGCUUCGUGCGCGUCGCAUGGCACCCCAAGGGCUCCGAAGAGGUCAUCCAGCAAAAGAGGGUUGGUCUGGCUGACCGAUCGCUAAUGCCUGGUGACGUUGUGCAAAAGAUGGUUAGGAGCAAGGGUAGCCAACGAGGCUACUGCAGAACCAUCGACAUGAACGCCAGUGUGCAGAUCAUCGGCACCAACAUGGUGAUUACCAGUGUCAAGAGCUCCAAACUCGUGCCUCUUGAGGAAUAUUCCCCUGACAUCUUGGUGUGCCUUGACUCGUGGAUCGGUGCAAUCAGACAGGUAAACAUGAGUCUGCAUCUCAAAUUCUCUGACGGCUCCAAAUGCGUCGUCAGCAAUCUUGAGAACUGCAGCUUCGAAGACGCAGAUGAAAAAUCACGCAGGGACGGUGAGUUUUACCACGCAGACUAUUACCCUGGGCAAAUGCUGGUCAGUCCGCUAAUAUCGCUUUCUAAGGCCAACUGGCUCAACAUUAGCAAAGAGCUAAAAGCAAGUCUACGCAACGCUGUGCCCGGGAAAACUGCCAAUGUCUGCGUGGAAAAAGUACAAGUGGAUUCUCUCAAUGUGCACUGGCAAUGUAAGGCGUACUCAAAGGCUAGCGAGUCAGGUGAAAAGGAGCAGCCAACGCACCUAGUUGAAGGCGAUCAACUUAAAAGGUUGAAGAUGAUAAACAUUUUCGAGCCAUGCUCCCUUCAAAUUGGCGACCGCAAUUAUUACACUAUCGAGUCAGGAGACGUGAUCGUUACCAAAGACAACUGGCGCCGUUCGCAGAAGGAGAUUUUUCCCGCGGUUUUCAAAGGCAAGAGCAAGGUGUUCGUGAAGAAAAAGAAAGAGGAAGAUAGCACUCUGGCACCGCCUCCUCAAAGCAGUUCAACCAAUUCGUCGCCGACUCACUCAACCCAUUCGAACCCUGCAUUCCACCAAGUGCGCAAAGCCGAUGCCGACGACUGGGAUACUGAUGAGACAGGCAGCUUCUCAGACACGGCUUCUCUCAGCAGCAACUGCAGCAACUCGUCUCAAGGUCCUGCUGUACAAGAAGGUUAUAAAACGCUCCCCUUAUUAGACAGCAAGAAAAAGAAGGGCCCUGCGUUGAUGACGCGAGUACUGAAGACGAAAAAGCUACGCAGAGCCAGGAAAAACCAAGAAAAGAUUUUCAACAUGGGCCCUGGAGAUCGUGUUGUGGUGGAGACGCUGUCCACGAGCUCGCUGGCCGAUGUCGUGUGGCAGGACGGACAGAUCGAGCGGCGCAUCCCAUCGACGCAACUUUAUCCAAUCCACCAUCUCGAUGAUAAAGAGUUCUUCCCAGGAGACUUCGUUGUCGAAAAUAAGGAAGACGCUUUCAUGCAAGUCUACGGCGUCGUCCAGAGUGUUGAUCACGCUGGCCGCACCUCCAAGGUCAAGUGGUUCAAGACCUAUUCCUCCAGCGACAACCCUAUGUUGCUCAUGUUGUACGGGCCAUCUGGUUUUAGGCCAUCUCUGCUGGAUGAGAGCGAGGUGAGCGUGUACGACCUGAAAGAUCACCCUGACUUUCAGUACCGACCAGGCACUGUGGUAAUCAGAGUGGCCAACUUUGAGGGUGAGGAUGCCUCUUGCACUGCUGGACAGGUGCUGGACAACUAUCCAGAAGGAAAGGUGCAAGUGUGGUGGGUGGACGAGCAUGUGUCCAUGUGCUGGCCGCAGGACCUGUACCGAGUGGGUGAGUACGACAGCGACGACGGCGAACUGUGGGACACGGCCGCUAGUGACGCCUCUUGGGAGACUGAAUCUGAAGACUGCCACAUCGCAGAUGAUAGUUGUUCCAAUGAAGGGAUCGACGAGGAAUCGCUGAAACCUAAGUUGGACGCUAGUAUCGAGAAGGCAAGGAUCGCGAUGUCAAGACUGGAGGAGAUCUUCACUCACAACCCCAACCUGCAGACGAGUGGCGUCAUGAAGCAACUGCUAGAUAUUUACAAGGACUGCCGAUAUCUAGAUAAACUGAUGUGCACGUCUUUUUUCCACGAGAGCCACUUCCAGGGCUUGUUGGAGCGGGUGCGUGAACGCGGCCGAAGCAAUCUGGCGCAGCGGAUGGCCGACCAGGUGACCCGACUCUUCUGCUCAGGCGAGAGCGUCGACCAGACAACGCUCUCAAGCGACAGCACGCGUGCUUCAGACGAUUCAGGAUGUAUGUCCACCAGCAAGGAGGCCGGAAACAGUAGUCCCAGCGACUCGCUUACAUCAGAAGAGUUUCUUGUGUGCGAUCCCAAUCUCCACAAACGACAGGCUGCAGCUGUGCCUGGCGACGUUUCAGCCACAGUCAGCCAAUCUGGGCAGGAUGGUAGCGGUAAGAAGACUUCAGAGGACUCAAAUACGGUCAACGUGUGUGUCAAACUGUGUAACCUGAUAAAGUGCCAGCUGCUGAGUGCUCUCGAGGAAGUGACGGCCAAAUAUGGCGGCCAGAUCUCGCUUAGUCUACCAGACCUGCAGGUUUCGCCACCCUCACCAGCAGAGGCAGCUCAAAAUUGCGAAAAAGACACUGAGGUCGAGGAGUCAACGGUGCCAAACGGAUGCUGCGAGAAAAAAAGUGUAUUCGGGGAAGGAUUCUUUGUAGAAGAGUCUUCUCCGAACAACCACAAGUUCAAACUGACCACUUUUCAACCUACCGAGCCCAAAGUAUUCUUUCAAACUAUCAACAAAGAGCACAAUCUACUUAGAACCUCUCUGCCGGAUGGUGUCUGUGUAAAAGCCUACGAGGACAGAAUGGAUCUGUACUCGGUGAUGAUAAAAGGCCCAGCCAAGACGCCAUACGAGGACGGCGUCUUCUUUUUUGACUUCCAGCUGUCGGUGAAUUACCCAAAGGCGCCGCCAAUUUGCCACUACAUCAGCUACUGCAGCGACAGACUCAACCCGAAUCUCUACGAAGACGGCAAAGUGUGUGUCAGUUUGCUUGGCACAUGGAGCGGAAAAGGCACAGAGGUGUGGACCGCCAAUUCGACCCUGCUCCAAGUCAUUGUCUCGAUCCAAGGCCUGAUUCUAGUCAGUGAACCAUACUUUAACGAGGCUGGAUACGAAAAGCAAAAAGGCUCACAGCAGGGAAGAGAAAAUUCUCGAAUGUACAACGAAAUGGUGGUUCUGAAGCAGGUGCAGGCCCUGACCAAAAUGUUGCUCCAGCCACCGAGUGUCUUCAAAGAGGAAGUUUUGUACCAUUUCAAGCAUCAAGCUUAUUUCUUGAUCGACAGACUGGAAGGGUGGCUCAAGAUUUCUGAGAUGCACAAUGACUCGCACCCGCUUUCGCCAGUUACUCCGACGACUUUCAGGGAAGCUCAUGGCGUUUUGGCGUCAAGUGCAACCACGCCGCUGCCUGAGUUUCCAUUGAUCCCUGCUUCAAAGGGCUUCUGCAUCACGCUUCGCAAGAGUCUGUCCACCUUCCAGGAAGUGCUCACGUCCGUCGGCAUACUCAGGAACGUCGCCAGUUAGUGGCAUGCUCAUUUUUGUUACGCGUUAUUUACUCAGUUAAGUUUAUAUUUAAAUUAUGUACCUCCUGUGCGCUAAGCUUUAAGCCAAAACCUAGGCCAAAGUGAAUUAUAAUAAUAAUAAUAAUUACCACUGCACAUAAGAAGUGUAUCGCCUGUUAUCGCAUUGGUCACUUUGUUUCUGCUGUGUGAUUAAUAAAGUUGGGCCCCAAAGGCUUAUUCAAAUGAUAUAAA